UACAGGUUUAAAUGCUCGCGCGAACUCAUUCACUUUGCGUUUACAUCACACAGAGAAGAUCAGAGUGUGAAAUCAGUAACAAGUCAAUAUUAGACACACUGCAGAAGACAAGGACGAGAUGUCAGCCGAGAGGCCUCUCCAGCAGUUGCCGUGUCUGAGUGAGAAUCUCGAUGGCUCCCUGCUGUGCAUGUCGCAGUCCAAGGUGAAGAAAAGGCAGUGCGCAUAUGGAGACGGACUGCAGGCUGAAAACACUCCUCACGAGCUUAUCCAACACUGGUCUCCUCCCCGUAAACAGCCACGGCCCUGUGCCAAGGGCAAAGAGAACGGAUUUGUUCUUGCCAGACGUCCCAGAAGGAGCAGAGACACGGCAGGUGUUCGGUGUUGGGACUCCCUCCCAGAUGAGCUGCUGUUGGGGAUUUUCUCUUGUCUCUCGCUGCAAGACCUUCUCAGGACGUCUCGAGUCUGCAAGCGCUGGCAUCGACUGGCGUUUGAUGAGUCACUGUGGCACAGUGCUGACCUGGUGGGAAAAGCACAGCUGAAUGGCGAGCUGGGUCAGGUGCUCACAGCAGGAGUGUCGCGGCUGCGCUGUCCACAUUCCUGCAUUGGAGAACCCCAUUUUAAGAACACACAACUUCUGCGUGUCCAGCAUUUGGACCUGUCCAGCUGCACUGUGCAGGCGCCUGUGCUGGAAGACGUCCUGUCCCGCUGCAGACGGCUGCAGAACCUCAGCGUGGAGGGACUCGUGCUCUCUGACUCCAUCCUCCGAUCUCUGAGCGAGAACACAGAGCUGGUGCGGCUGAACCUGUGCGGCUGUAGCGGUUUCUCUGCUGACUCUCUGACUAAGAUGCUUCAAUCCUGCACCAAGCUUGAGGAACUGAACGUGUCGUGGUGUGACUUCAGCAGUGAACACGUUCAGGCAGUCGUUAACAACGUCCCCUCCACCAUCACUCAGCUCAACAUCAGUGGCUACAGACAAAACUUUACCAUGGACAACGUGAAGGUGCUGGUGGAAAGAUGUCCGAAUCUCACACAUUUGGAUUUGAGUGACAGCGUCCUCGUGACCACAGACAGUUUCCCCUUCCUGCAGCAGCUUUCGUCACUGAGCCAUUUAGCGCUGAGUCGCUGCUACCAGAUUCACCCAGCCGCCCUCAUAGAGUUUGAGAAGUUUGUGACUCUGCAGACCCUGGAGGUGUUCGGUCUAAUACAGGACAGCUCACUGCCCAUCCUGACUAAAGGGUUGCCACGGGUACAGAUCAACAACCAGCCGUUCUCCGGUGUGGCUCGUCCCACUGCGGCCACACGGAAAGACCGCACACUGUGGGGAAUGCACUGUCGUCUGGUGUAUAAACCCUAACCGGCGCUCCAGCACAGUUUGACUUUAGGAGCGAAACAAGGUGACUUUUAGGAUGUUUUUAAAAUACCGAAUAGGUUUGAGUUCAUGGGGUAACCUUUUGAAGUCACUGUUGUCACGGUGAUAUCAACUAGCAUGUGAUAUAUCACAUCUCACUUGUAAGUAGCUGAAUCUUGAAGUCGUCGGCAUACAUAUUAAUGCCGUAUCGACUUCGCACGUGUGUGUGUGAACACUUGCACUUUCGAAUGGUUUACAACUUGGUUCUGUGAGCAUGUGAAUUUACUUCACAUGCUUUUUGUUACCACUAGUGAUAAGUGCAGCUUCAGCAGGGUACAGAACCUCCUGAAAUGUUGGUUUUUAUUCUGUUAAGUGUUUUAAGUAAAAGAAGUCCAAACUUUUUAUAAUUUUAGACCUUAUCAAAGCAUCACCCAAACUGUGAAUGACUUCUAGUGCUUUAACAUGUUAUAAUUGUUUGUUUUGAAAGUUCAAUAGUUUUAAAGUAGAUGUGAUUUAUCAUGUGUUUUUGUUCUGAUCCUCAUUUUUAAUCAGUAAGUGAAUUAUAGGGAUGCACCUAUACAAUAUGGAAAUCUGACCCAGACUUAAAGGUACUGCUGGGCCUCUGAGUUGCACAGUGGUCUAAAGUUUGUGCCCCAUGCAGGAGACUGAGGGUUUGAACCCUGACAAUGAUGUGUGCAUGCAACGAAACAGUUUUUUUUUUUUUUUUUUUUAAGAAAGAAAAGAAAAUUCAGUAAAUCUUCUGCCAUUGUUCUUUCAGUGAAUAAUGUUUAUACCACAGUGCUGUUGAAUUUUUAAUUCUGAUUGGUUAGAAUAUUUAAAUAUUUUAUAAGCUAUGAUUAUCAGAGCUGAUUGUAGCUCCUAUGUAUGUUUGAAAUGCUACAUAAAUGGACUAAAAACAUGCGUGUUGAUACAGUGAAGUAUGUGACUGAUACAGUGAAGUCCUGGGUAUCCAACAAGACAAGUUGUUUUUUUUUCCGUCUUAUUUAAAAAUAAUGAGAGAGAGAGAUGCUGCUGAGAAAACAAUGCUUAAAGCUGCUAUAGCUAACUUGUUUUGUGGAUAAAACAAAUUGGCUUAAAAAUUUGUGAUGAGGAAUAAAACAUUUUCUUCUGUUACUAGAAAAUGAACACCAGGAUGGUAACUGUAACUCUGAUUAAAUUCCUUAUACGAUAUCCGUUCGGAUCAUAACCAAAUCAUUUGAUUGUCAUUUAAGAAGAGAAAUAUAUUUAGUAGUUCUUAAAUGUAUAUCUGUGAAUAGAUUCUGUAUUGUUGGUGCAGCCCUGUUACAUACUGUACUCUGUUGUCUUCCACAUAUAUAUGCGCACGAGAGAGUUUGUUUCACAUGUUAAAUCAACUGGAUUUUAAAAGUUGCCAGUUCCUGGGCAAUUGUCUGUCCUGACAAUCACAAGCCUGGUCUCUGAUCCUCAGCUUGUCUUGACUUGGCUAAUCUGAAACACUGCUCUGUAACCUAAAAAAUUAUUUUGCAAACCAUGUAACAAGAAAGCAUGUGUAAGUACACAUGCAUGUAUCAGGUAAAGUUGUCUUUUUCCUUCUAAAGUUGCUAUUUCAGGAAACCAGUUGCAAUACAUUUGCUGACUUACUUUCUCUGACAUUUCAUUAUUAAGAAUUUCUAAAUAGUACGAGUGAAGUCUGGCUUUUUGUUUGUUUGAGUAGAAAGUGUAUAAAUCACUUUUCUUGUGCUUUUUUUUUUUUUUUAAAACAAUUUUUGACUGAAAUCUUGAAAUCGGUUUGUAUUUUUCACCGGUUAUAAAAAUGAGGAAACUUGAAUCAGUUCUGUAUUGAGAACUUGGAUAGACAAUGUAUUUUUAUGGAUGUUCACUGAUUUUAAAUAAAUAUUUUGCUGUUUUCUUUGACAUGA